AUGAAGAUUGUAUAUUGUCAGGGACGAGUACACAGCAACGUGGACCCGUUGUCACGCGCUGCUCUACCCCUACCAGACAACGAGCCAGAGACUAACAACAUAAGCUCUGCGCCUCUAGUAGAAGAUGAGCUGAAGUUCCACAAUCUAGUCCGCAAACAGAUUGCCAACUGCAAAGCCACUCAGAGCCUCAUUCAAGCACUGCCAACCAACAGUUCCCCAGUCCCAGCACACCUGACGGCCUUCACAAUACACAAUGGUCUACUACUGCGCAUCCACCCCGUCACCGGUGGCAAAACACUGGUUGUGCCCUCCGGCGUAAUCAAAGGAGUUGACUUACGACUCCAGAUACUUCAGGACUUUCAUGACGCGCCGCUCUCAGGACAUCUUGGCGUCUCCAAGACCUACCAGCGCAUCAUUCACACGUAUUGGUGGCCCAGCCUUUGGAAAGACGUCAAGGAGUACGUCAUCAGCUGCGCCUCCUGCCAACGCAACAAAGCAAGCAACCAGCAGCUUGCCGGACAGCUACAGCCCCUUGCAAUUCCGCCGCAUCGAUGGCACACAGUGUCUAUUGACUUCACAGGCCCUUUCCCUACAGAUGCCAAUGGCAACAACACCCUCAUGGUCAUUGUUGACAAGCUGACAAAGCGCGCCCACUUUGUUGCAACAAAGUCUACGGCCACUGCAGUCGACAUUGCAAAGCUUUUCUUCCGAGAGGUUGUACGCCUUCACGGGAUGCCCUCUGUCAUCGUGUCUGACCGUGACACACGCUUCACAUCCCUAUUCUGGACCGCGCUCUGCAAGGGCAUGGGGACAAAGCUCGCUAUGUCAACAGCAUUCCAUCCUCAAACAGACGGACAGACAGAAUGUCUCAACCGCGUGAUCAAGGAGAUGAUACGGCACUACAUCUCGUAUCGCCAGGACAAUUGGUCCGAGCACCUCAACACACUGGAGUAUGCCUACAACGACUCAGUCCAAGCCUCUACAGGACGCACACCCUUUGAGCUUGACUUGGGGUAUCAUCCAGCAUCUCCAUUGCGACCCAUUGGUCAAGCCAACGAACAAAUCACGCCGUCAUCAGUCGAAGACUUUGCGCAAGAUCUACAAGCCAGCGCACUUGCCGCUGCUGACGCCAUUGCUGACGCACAUAUUGCGCAGGCGCGCAACUACAACAAGAAGAAGAGCAACAAGACGUUCAAUGUAGGAGAUCUUGUGAAACUCUCAUCUCGACAUGUCCACCCUAACUUUGAUCAUCGUCGCAAAUCCCGCAAGCUUCUUCCUAAAUACUACGGGCCCUACAAGAUCUUGGCACGGAUCACGCCAAACAGCUAUCGACUUGAGCUUCCAGCACCACUACAGAUACACAAUGUCAUCAACAUCCAGCACCUAGCGCCGUUCCACGCAAUGCCACAACGUUUUGCGCAGCGACGCGAGAAGCCUCCCCCGCCUGUCAAAUUGAUGGACAGGAAGAAUACGUCAUUGAGAAGAUACUGGAUCAACGCCGUCACCGAGGUACAUGCCAAUAUCUGGUGA